AUGCCCAUAACCGGAAUUCUGGUCACUGGAGGUAGCGGCCAUAAGACGGCUGCAGUAGCAUCGCAGAGCCUCCGGGUGCCGCUGUUGCCCGACUCGAAAACGCGCUGGAGCUCAGCCGGAGUCACAGCCACAGCCGCCGCAACGGCUGGCCCCCGCAGGCUGCUCGCUCGCUCGGCGGCGGCCAGAGAGGGCGCGGCACGGGCAGCAGAGGCGAGAGGAAGAGCGGGGAGCAGCGGCGUCCGAGCUGCAGUCCGGUGGCCCCUGAGCUCGGGGACGAGAGCGGCUGCAAAGGAGAGAGGGCAGCGGCAAGAGGGAGGAGCGCGGCGAGCGAUGCAUGCAAUGGCAAACAGACAGAGCCCGAGCCCGAAGCAGCGGCGAGCAGCCGGGAGAGUACUGAUGCUGCCCGCUGUGCUGCUGAGUUUGUGCUGCCAGGCGGCGCUGCAGCCGCUCCGUUACACCAUCCCCGAGGAGCUGAGCAGAGGUUCGCUGGUGGGGCCGCUGGCGCGGGACCUGGGGAUGAGCCCGGCAGAGCUGCCGGCACGCAAGCUGCGGCUAACGUCUGCCGCUAAAAAGCAGCUGCAAUACUUCACCGUGAGCGAGGAGAGCGGGGAGCUGUACACGAGCGAGAGACUGGACCGAGAGGAAAUGUGCGGCGAGGCACCGACCUGCUCCAGGAGCUUCGAUGCACUGGUGGACAACCCACUAAACAUUUUCCAUGUCGAGGUAGCCAUCCAGGACAUCAACGACAAUGCCCCGCGAUUCCUGCGAGACCAUUUCCAGCUGGAAAUCAAUGAAGUGACUUCUCCUGGUACCCGCUUUGCUGUGGGAGCCGCCAAAGACGCGGACGUGGGCAGCAACUCCUUGCAGGGCUACAAGCUGGAGGCCAACAGGUACUUCGAGGUGGAAGUGAAGGAGAGCGAGGACGGCAGCAAAUUCGCAGAGCUGGUGCUGCGCCGAGCGCUGGACCGGGAGAGAGAGCAGAGCCUGCAGCUGGUGCUGACGGCGCUGGACGGCGGCGACCCGCCCCGCAGUGGUACCGCCCAGCUCUGUAUCAACGUCACCGAUGCCAACGACAACCCCCCCGUGUUCGCGCAGGACCGGUACCGAGUGAGCCUGCGCGAGGACGCGUUUCCAGGCUUAAUGGUGUUGAACGUCUCAGCCACCGAUGCUGACGCUGGAACUAACGCCCACAUCACCUAUGGCUUCUGGGAAAUGCCAGCCAAGGUGCUUCAGAAGUUCGCGGUGAAUGCAGAGGGCGGAACGAUCACACUGCAGGAAGCGCUGGACUUUGAGGACACAAGAAGCUACACGUUGCUGGUGGAGGCGAGGGACGGGAGCGGUUUGGUGGCACAUUGCAAGGUGGAGGUGGAGGUGCUGGACGUGAACGACAACGCACCCGAAAUCACCGUGCUGUCUGUAUCGAGCCCAGUGCCCGAAGACGCUCCUGUUGGUACGGUGGUGGCCCUGGUGAACGUGAAUGACCCAGACUCCGGGGAGAACGGUCAGGUACUGUGCGAGCUAUCGGAAGAGGCGCCGCUGUCGCUUGUGGCGUCCUCGGGCGACUCGUACAAGGUGGUAACGGCGAGCGCGCUGGACCGAGAGCAGGCAGCCGAGCACCGAGUGACGCUGGUGGCCAGAGACCGGGGCAGCCCGGCGCUGUCGAGCCGCGCGGCGCUGGUGCUGGAAGUGUCGGACGUGAACGACAACGCGCCGGUAUUCGAGGAGGAGGCCUACAGCGCCUACGUGGCGGAGAACAACGCGGCGGGAACGCCGGUGCUGCGCGUGCUGGCACGGGACUCGGACGCGGGUGCCAACGGGCGCGUCAGCUACUGGCUGGAAGGCGGCAGUGCAGGCUCGGCACCGCCGCCGGUGUCGGUGGAUGCGCAGAGCGGCGCCGUGUACGCGCAGCGCUCCUUCGACUACGAGCAGUGCCGCGAGUUCACGGUGACGGUGCGGGCACAGGACGGCGGGGUGCCGGCGCGCAGCACCACGGCCACGGUGCGUAUCUUUGUGCUGGACCGCAACGACAACGCGCCGCGGGUGCUGUGGCCGACGGCGGCGUCGGCAGGAGGCGAGGCGCCGCCGUUCGAGGUGGUGCCGCGCACGGCCGAGGUGGGCUACCUGGUGGCCAAGGUGGUGGCGGUGGACGCGGACGCGGGGCGCAACGCGUGGCUAUCGUACGAGCUGCUGCAGGCGCCGGAGCCGGCGCUCUUCCGCCUGGGGCUGCACAGCGGCGAGGUGCGCACGGCGCGGGCCGUGUCGGAGCGCGACGCGGCCAAGCAGCGCCUGGUGGCGCUGGUGAAGGACCAUGGGCAGCCGGCGCUAUCGGCCACGGCCACGCUGCACGUGGUGCUGGCCGAGAGCUUGCAGGAGGCGCUGCCGGAGCUGAGCGAGCGGCCGGCGGGCACGGACUCGCCGGCGGAGCUGCAGUUCUACCUGGUGCUGGCUCUGGCUCUGCUGUCGGCUCUCUUCCUGCUCAGCCUGGUGCUGGCACUGCUGGCGCGGCUGCGGAGGGCCGGGCCGCCCGCCGUCCUGCGCUGCUUGGGCGCGCAGCGGUUCUCUCUGGCUGGCGCCGCCUUUCCGGCCGACUUCUGCGAGGGCACCUUGCCCUACUCCUACAACCUGUGCGUGGCUCCGGGACGCGCCCUCACCGAGGCCGCUUUGCUGCCGCCACCACUGCCCGCGGAGGAGCUGCUGGGCGGGGAGUCCUCCAGGAAGCCGAGCACGAAUAGCAGCGCCGUCGCGGGAGAUGUCUCCGCCGAUCCCUACCCACCAGAGGUUGGUAAACUUAAGCCCUCUACUUUCUCGUUUGGUAAACUUAAGCCCUCUACUUUCUCGUUUGGAAAAAUAAAUAUUUUACUUGACAUAUGUCGCUAUUGGCAAGUUCCUGUGCAGCUGAAAUCACGCAUCGUUAAAGCAGAGAACGGCUGA